CCCAGGAAGCAGAGAUGCCAGAUUGUUGCUUCAAAACCUAUCGAUAAAUGUGGUCCAUCCCUGCACAACUUUUGGCUGUGGGUCUGCUCUGGGGCGUCACUAAUCCAUUUAUACGCUUAGGCAGCCGGGGCAUUGAGUCUGUAGAGAAUACGGGCUCCAAAUGGCGUAAUUUCUUGAGGGAGAUAAGCCUAAUAGGCACUCGUUGGAAUUAUUGGUUGCCCUUUGGUUUAAAUCAGUGUGGAAGUGUUUUGUAUGUGUGGACAUUGCAAAAUGCCAGCAUCACAGUAGCUGUUCCAGUGGCCAAUUCGCUGAGCUUUGCCUUUACAGCCAUUACGGGCUAUGCUCUGGGCGAAAAAUUGCCAGGAAAGAAAGUAGUCCUGGGAACAUCUCUAAUAUGCUGUGGCAGUCUUCUAAUGAUCUAUGAUAAAAUUCAACAAGAAGGAGAUUAAUCAUUCCAAAUGAAAAGGACUUUCAAUAAGAUUCUAACCCUAAACCCAA